AUGGACCCGUUUGUGGUCACCUCUCUUGGUAGAAAGACCAUGAGAACUCGUGUCAUUCGUCAUAACCUAAACCCAGUCUUUGACGAGAAGAUGGUAUUUCAGGUGAUGAAGCAUGAACAAGCUUACUCCAUCAACUUUACCGUCAUUGAUAGAGACAAGCUGUCCGGAAACGACUUCGUUGCCUCCACAAACUUCCCCCUGCAGACUCUUAUUCAGGCUGGCCCUGAAGCGGACCCAGAGACCGGCCUAUACGAACUCCUCGACCUCCCCCAGGACCCCGUUGAGUCCACCACUCCUCAAAGCUCCUCCAAAUCUAGAUUUAGACUCACCCUAUCUCGCUCUACUUCAGCUUCAAACCUCGCUAAGAUGGCAAAACCAUCCCUGAAGUCAAAAUCCUCAGCUGCCUCGUUAGCAAGUCAGUACCAGCAGGAAAACCAGCAGCCGGCUCCAACAUCCAACCCUACUGCAUCUCAACCUGAUUCCGCCGCUACCCUGAACGUUCCGGGGAGCAUUUCACCCCCUUCUCCAGACAAGACUGGAUUUCCUUCUACUAACCCCGAUACAGAAGCAUUUAAACAUUACGUUAUACCUCUCUUAUUGAAGAACAAAGACAGAUGGGAAGACAAGCAUAACCCAGAACUUCAUAUUAAAGCCAAGUAUAUGCCUUAUCCAGCCCUGAGACAGCAGUUCUGGCGCGUCAUGCUCCGACAGUACGAUGCCGACGAGAGCGGACGUAUCAGUAAAAUCGAAUUGACCACUAUGCUCGACACCUUAGGCUCGACCUUGAAAGACUCAACCAUCGACGGAUUCUUCCAUAGGUUUGCUGCAGAAAAUGAAUCGACCGGAGACACCAUGGAUCUCACUUUUGAUCAGGCGGUGAUCUGUCUUGAGGAAAAGCUUCAGGAGUUGCAAAAGAAGACAGUGGGUGCCACCAUGUCUAAAUUAGUGCAAUUCCCAUCGUCCUCUUCAGGGCCGUUAGAAAUAUCUACUACCACUAGUCGCGACGAAUCGAUUUCUGGAAGCGAAGAAGGCGCCAACUCGCCUCAGGGUGACCUCACUGACGAGCGAGGCGAAGAACAUGUCAUUGAGAUCCGCGAGUGUCCUCUAUGCCAUCAACCUCGGCUGGGUAAGCGGUCCGAUGCAGAUAUCAUCACCCAUCUUGCUACCUGUGCCAGUCAGGACUGGAGACAGGUAGAUAACUUAGUCAUGGGUGGCUUCGUAACCUCCAGUCAGGCACAGAGGAAAUGGUACAGCAAAGUCAUCACUAAGCUGUCCUAUGGAGGCUAUAAGAUUGGUGCCAAUUCGGCCAACAUCUUGGUACAGGAUCGCUUGACGGGGCAGAUCAACGAAGAGAAGAUGAGCGUAUAUGUUAGGUUGGGUAUUCGACUGCUGUACAAGGGAUUGAAGAGCAGGGAAAUGGAGAAGAAGAGAAUUCGUAAAAUGCUCAAAUCCUUGAGUAUCAAGCAAGGUCGAAAAUAUGACGACCCUGCUUCGUCUAGUCAAAUUGAGGCAUUCAUUGAAUUCCAUCAACUUGACAUGAGCGAAGUGCUUCUCCCCCUAGACCAGUUCAAGUCAUUCAACGAAUUCUUCUACCGUGCUCUAAAACCAGGCGCGCGUCCCUGCUCAGCUCCCGAUGAUCCCAACAUCAUCGUGUCUCCUGCUGACUGUCGCUCCGUGGUCUUCGACCGCAUUACUGAAGCCACUCAGAUCUGGGUCAAGGGGCGUGAAUUCUCCAUCGAACGACUUCUCGGGAAAGCUUAUCCCGAGGACGUGGAGCGCUAUAAGAACGGGGCUCUCGGCAUCUUCCGUCUUGCUCCACAAGACUACCACCGCUUCCAUAUUCCCGUUGAUGGAACUCUCGGCACUCCCAAGACCAUUGAGGGAGAAUAUUACACCGUAAACCCAAUGGCUAUUCGUUCGGCAUUGGACGUUUACGGCGAGAAUGUUCGAAUCAUCGUCCCCAUCGACUCUGUUGCUCAUGGCCGUGUGAUGGUCAUCUGUGUCGGUGCAAUGAUGGUCGGCAGCACUGUGAUCACUCAGGAGGCUGGUGCAAAGGUCUCCAGAACCGACGAACUUGGAUACUUUAAGUUCGGAGGAAGUACCCUUUUAGUCCUUUUUGAGCCAGGCCGAAUGAACUUCGACACCGAUUUGGUCGAUAACUCCAAGGGUGCCUUGGAAACAUUGAUCCGCGUGGGCAUGUCCAUUGGCCAUAGUCCAGCUGUCCCCCAACAUACGCCUGACAUUUGCAAACCGAACAAAUACGUGGCCACCCAGGAAAUGGAAAAUGCAACCCGUAGAAUCGGAGGGCCUGACCCAAGGCUAAUCCCAGAGUCAGCCUCAGAUCUCCGCCUUGACGAAUUACAAUUAAAAUAG